AUGGGUUCAAUACAAACAACUCAUAAUCAUCAUAAACGCUAUCGAGCAUCAUCAUCAACCAAAUCAGCUGAUAAUACAAAAUAUAGAUGUGUUAAUCGUUUCCGUACAACAAUGCGUAGUAUAACACAUCGAGCAUCAUCUGCACGAAAUUAUCAGAAUUCUGUUUCAUCAUCGAAUAAUUCAAUAAUAAAUAAUAGUUCAUUUACAUCGCCAAACACAAUAACAACAAUUAAUUCACAAAUUGAUACAGAUCCUUAUUUAAGUGAUUUUGAUUAUCGAAAAUUAUCAACAUUAACUGGUUUAACAGAAUCAAAAAUAAAUGAAUUACAUCGAGAAUUUUUAAUUCUUUCACAUAAUGGUCAAUUAUCUUAUGAACGAUAUAAAGCAUUACUUGAAACUGUACCUAUUCCACGAACAUCAGAACAACGUGAUAAAUUAGCACGACAAACAUUUACAUUAUUUGAUAAAGAUGGAAAUAAUUAUUUAGAUUUUGCUGAAUUCAUAGCUGCUUAUAUGACUAUGGAAAAGAAUGAACUUAGUCUAAAUGAUAAAACUUUACAUAAAGAAUCAGCAAUAUCACCAGUAGUACAUCCAACAAUAUCAUCUCUCACACGACAAGCAGCAGCAUAUUGUUCUCCACAUAGAACUCUAAACAAAACAUCAUAUCAACCAACAUAUCUUCCAAAUAAUUAUUCAUCCUAUCAUCCUCAAUCAUCAGAACAACACGCCUAUGUUUCUUCACAAUAUACAGUUAGACAAAACGGAAGAAUAUAA